CCAUUUUUUUCUUUGCUUUUGUAAUUGGCGCCAGCAUAAUACAAAUUUUAUAGACGCGCCGAUUUGACACCGCGCAAACUGAGUUUUUUUUGUACAAAUAAUUGUAAUAACUGAAGAAGUAACGCGUAUACUUCAAAAAAUUAGGCUUUACUCGGUUUUCGUGAGUGUGAGAUUUGGUGCAAAGCGAGAAGCGCAAAUUGCGGUAAAAACUUGGACUUUGUCAUGUUUCGCAGCAGCCUGGAGGGCAACGCCACAAACGACAACUAUGCGGCGUUCCAUAGCAGGGGCGGCCUCAACCUGCUGGGCCUCCAAGACGUGUACUUGGACACGGCAUCCACGCUAGGCUCUGGCAGCUCCAGUUUGCCACCGACGCCCAGCGUCUCGUCGGGCACACUGAGUCCCCCCAGCACUCCUCUGACCCCGGAACCACCGCAAUACGGUUCCCAGACUCAGUUCCCCCUGCUGACGGGCAACAGUAACAUGAACAUGAACAUGAACAUGGGCCUUCACACCGGCCAGAACAUGCUGCUGCACCAGCAUUACCAAUACCACCUGAUCAUCCAUCAGCAGCAGCAGCAGUUGGAGCUGGCCAACCAUCACUUGGCGCUGGCCGCAUCCGCGGCAGCUUCUGGUGUGAACCAUCAGCAGAAGGAUGAGAUAGCUCGCUCCCUGAAAGUAUUUGCUCAGCUGACAAGCGGCCCAGCAGAAAAUGUGCCCGGCUCUACGCAGGAUGUUAUGCAGGAGUUUGCGAGCAACGGAUACGCCAGUGAUGAUCUCAAUUGCUUCGCUUACAGUCCGGCCCCUUCGCCGGCAAAUCAGCUGCACCGCAAUUUACCCGCUGCCGGAGCAGCAGCCAAUCAUCCACCUCAGGUUGUGCCCGCACCUGCCCCACUGUCCGCACGCUGGCUCCAAAACUAUCGCGAGCAGCUGAACAAUGUGUGGCGCUCCAUGGGCUACAUGCCCUGCAUUGGGACCAAUGCCAACGCGGGACUGCAGAUGCACGCGCAGGUUCAGGCAGCAUCAAACAAUCUGAGCGCCAUGGGACUAGGGCUGCCGUUGCAGCCGGAUCAUUUCCGACAUGGCAGCAAUCCAAGUAACAACAACAACAAGAUGAACAGGCGCUACAAGCCCAAAGAGGUCAGCCGCCAUUGCGUGUUCUGUGAGAACAACAACGAACCCGAGGCGGUGGUGAACAGUCACUCGGUGCGCGACAAUUUCAAUCGCGUACUGUGCCCCAAGCUGCGCACCUAUGUUUGCCCAAUUUGCGGGGCAUCGGGCGACUCGGCACACACCAUCAAAUACUGCCCGAAGAAGCCGAUCAUAACCAUGGAAGAUGCCAUCAAUGCGGAGACAUUCCGCCUGGCAAGGAGCAGCUACUACAAGCAGCAGAUGAAGGUUUAGAAAAAGUCUAGCCGAAGAACCCACACGGAACUCUGGCAGUUUUAAGCUGCGCGUAUAUAGCUUUAUAUAUAUGCGAUUUCGGUUCCUGUGCUAGAUACUAGAUAUUAGCGCCUGGCGCGUUCGAUUUUAUUGUUUCUUAAACUAGUCUGCGGCUAAGAGUGUAGUCAGUGACUGAUUACUCAAAUCAAAUCAAAAUUUGUUCUCUUAUCGGAAACAUUUUUUUUACAUCAUAAAUCAAUUUUUCUACAAACCAAAUAAUUAAUUAAUAAUUAGGAAUACUCACAACAUCGUUAUACUUGUUAAAUCGUGCGUGCCGAUAGAAACAUCUCACAAAAUGAAAUUUGAAAAUAGUUUGUUUACGAACUUUCGGCAACAUUUUCACAAAUUUUCUGCCGCAAGAGGCAAAUAGCGAAAUAGCGCUACAAUUUUGAAAUAGAUGACUUUGAAUUUCGAUCUGGUAAUCGUAUUGGAAUAUAUGUUUCAAAUUUGAUAACGUAAAGUGAAACGAACGAUUUCGUAGGCAACAAAAUCAUUGUGAAACUUUUUAAAAUUUGACACUAAAUAGUUGAUAAACAAACAUUUUAUUACAUGUAUCGCAAAUACAUUACAUCGAGUAUAUUGAUGUUAUAUAUUUAUUCAAUCAUGUUCUUCAUUCGUUCGAAUAAUUUAUCAUAUUCGUGGAUCUAUCAUGACCAUUAUUUUUCAAUUUUUUGAUAAAUGUUCACCUUAUAUUCGCCAUCAUGUCACUCCAAAUUCGUAUGGUAUAUUUAAAGAGUACAAUUUUAUAUACUUUUUCAUUUUUUUUUUAUCAAUGUAAGUACAUUUGCUAUCAAGUAAAUCGGAACUAUAAUACAACCCAUUAUCAUAAACUAUUUUCAAAUUUGUCAUAAUCCAAUCGGGAUUGUGUUUAACCAUAAAUUCAAACUCGAAUAUUUUUUUCAAUUUUUUUUUAUAAAAAUGUAUACAAAUGAAGUUGAAGUAUGUGUCAAAUAAAGAUAUGAUCAACCGUC